UAGUUCAUUAUCAUUUCUAUAUUUAAAGCAAAGAUCAAGUAAUUUUGAGUGUGAAAUAAAGUGUCAGUAAGUGAUCAGUCAGUCAUCAGUGUUGUAUGUUGUGUGUGCAGAUCCAGGCUUUGAUGCUGAAUAUAACCUGCAGUGUUUCUCUCUCAAUCUCUUUAAGUUUAGUGUGACUUUAUCUCCACGCUGACAUAUGACUGACACGAGUCUGUCCUCAGUGAAGUGUCUCUUCACGCUGGAGGAGGAGUCCCGCUCAUCAGCGCUCACACUUUAUUGAUAUAUAUGGAGAAAAUAAAAAUGCUGCUUUCUGAUUUGUCACUGAUUGUGUUUGAUGAUUUCCUCUGUUGUGUCUAAUAAGGUAACAGUGAGUGUCAUUGGCAGCUGUGAGAGUCUCUCUCUCUUUAGGGGACUGACAGGAGCCAGUUUCUUCAGUGUGUUUGAGGGAGCAGAAGGAGAAACUUGUGUUUCAUCUGAUUUGAUGAAUUAGUUUGUGUCGAGCAGAAGGAGAAGAUGGAGAGUUGUCUGAUGCUGAUGUUUCUGUGCUAUAUGAUAAAACUCACCAUAUCUGAAAGUGUGAAUGUGAGGUUGGUGAAUGGCAAUAAUCCCUGUUCUGGUACAGUGGAGGUUCUUUAUCGUGGUCAGUGGGGAACAGUGUGUGAUUUAGGCUGGGAUAUGGCUGAUGUUGCAGUGGUGUGUAGAGAACUGGACUGUGGGACGGCUGUAGAAGCAAAAUAUAAUGCUCACUUUGGACAAGGAUCAGGACCAAUUUUAAUGGCUUAUGUAUACUGUAGUGAAUCAAAGACUGCACUGAAAGACUGCCUUUCAAGGAGCAGCGAUGCACGGCGAUGUAAUCAUAAACAAGAUGCUGGUGUCAUGUGUUCAGAACGAGGACUUCGACUUGUGGACGGAUCCCACCGGUGCUCUGGGAGGUUAGAGAUACGUGAUGGUCAGUCGUGGGUUUCAGUGUGUGCUGCUGCCUUUGACCAGCAGGAUGCAGAGGUUGUGUGUAGAGAGCUGGACUGUGGGGCUCCUGUACAGGUGCUGGGAGAAGAUGCUUUUGGAAAAGGAGACGCUCAGAUGUGGACACAAGAGAUUCAGUGCAGAGGAAAUGAAGCUCAGAUACAUGACUGUCCACUAUUAUCUUCACAGAAGCACAACUGUUCUCAUGACAAUGAUGUUGGAGUGAUUUGUUCUGGUUGAGUAUAAACAUUUGGCAUUUCUUUCGAUAAAUUACAUACAUAAUAUACUGCUGUUUAUUAUUUAACAAUCCUGACUCUAGUUUCAUACUGUUUAAAUAAACUGUUACUUGUUUAUUCAGGUUACACUGACCUCAGACUCGUCAAUGGUCCUGACAUCUGUUCUGGUCGAGUGGAGCUUCAGUUCCUCAAUGAUUGGGGCACAGUGUGUGAUGCA